AUGCAGUGCCAGGAGGGGGGCUGGAGGAAUUCUCUGCACACCUUUGUGCACGAGUCCUUGUGGGGCUCUGGAGACAGGGCCGCCCACCUGCCUGCCUCCUGCCCAGACCUGCGAGUGUGCCUGCCGGUGUGGACGGGGGCGAGUUGGGACUUCGCACCUGAAAUCCAGCGGGAGGGCAGGAAUGCGGCGGAGGCAUCGCUGCGGCCACUUUCCUCCCCUCUCUUCCCGUGGAAGAGGAAGCUCGAGGCAGGAGCUCGGGACGCCCAGCGGCCUCACUGGUUUGCGGUUGUGGUGGGGGGCCCUGUGUGGGUUUCUGGGCUCUGGCGGCGACACGGCGGCGGGACGGGCGCCUUCGCAGCCGCGCAGGAAGCGGCCUCCACCGGAUGGGGGGCCCGGGGUGCAGCCACCGCCCCCGCCGAGCUAUCUUCCGGCGGGCUGGCCCGAACGGAGCCGAACGGGGCUGAGUCCCGGACGGGCGGGGCCGAGCGUAGCCGAGCGAAGCCGAGUCGCGGGCGGGCAGGCCCGAGAUCAGCCGAGCGGAUCCGAGUCCCGGGCCGGAGGGCGGGCCUGUACGCGGCCGAGUGA